CUGCAGGAGGACAACACACAACACUGACUGCUACGCAGCUAGUUGUGGUCGAAAGCUGUGCAAUUUGGGUCUGAGGAUGUGUGUUUGAAUGAAGCAUAAAUGUCAAACUAAGGAUGGUUGGAUCUGAUGAAUUUCAGGAUCAAACAAACGAUGAAAAAACAACAACUAUGGUCUACAAUGAUACCUGAGCCCAAAUUUUCAACAUUACUUUGCGCGACAUGCUGUAAACAGGGACACUAUCACCUCAGCAACAACAGAAUGCUGUAGCAGGUAGGUAUCGAAAGGUAUCGGAGUGAUAUUGGUAUCGCCAGAUACUCCAAGUUGCAGUAUCGGAGUUGUAUCCUACUUCAAACAUGUCAUUGUCCACGUGGGAUUGUCCGGAAAACAGCUGCUGGCUGGUAAUUAAUUGAUCAAAUAUUCAAACAUUAAAAGAUGGUUGUUGGGGAAAAUCAAAGAUGAUCAUAAGUUUCAACACCAUGUUCACCUGAACACGUCUUUCCUAAUGCCCGGCCUCAGUGUCUCUGUCCUGCGUGAGCGUCUGAUGAGAUCUUUAAAAUUAUGAGCCGUUCACCAGGUUUACCUCGGCGUUGUACCUCAGUAUAUGAUUCAUUUGUAACCAACAGUGGUGUAUAUAAUGUGGUACUGAGUUGCCUCCAGUGUGGUACUGGACCUGGAGUACUACUUCAACCUCUGACUUCUCCCUCCUUGUUUUCUCUUAUGUCAAUCUUUCUUUCUUUCUCUCUGUCUCUCACACGUUCCUGCUCGAGGCUUCAAACGCCUGGGUUGAGUUACACACGCCUGCCACUGAUACAGGCUCAUGUAUAUCCUGCUGCUCAUGAAUUAUUACAGAGUCCUCAUGUUGUAGACAGCGUGCAGCAGUCAGAGUCAGAGGGGAACAGCAGGGCAGUCAGGAUGGACAUCUCUGUUUUACCCAACAACAACCAUCCAGACAAGUUCCUCCAGCUGGACGUCAACACACUGACCACAGGACACGGCAUGAUUCAGGUGGGGGCAGCCAUGUCCAGUCAAAGACACUGGCAGAACAGAGUCUACUCCCAGGUAAACACACUGUUGACUCAGCUACGUUACAGUCUUGGUAAUAACGUGUUUAACACAGCUGAAGUGUCUUUAUUGUCCCCACAGAGGGAGCACGGGAUGAGGACAGACACCAGGCGUCCUCCUUCCUCAGAGAGUGUGGUGUUUGUGGACAGAUACCUGGAAAAGCACAUCACUCCAGUCACACUGCAGUCCAACAUUAAAAGGAACCCAUUGUACCUGGACAUAAGGACAAUAGACACAGAGGACAAUGACAAGUUCAAACCUUCAUGGACUGUGAAGGAGUACGACACACAAACAGUCAACGGGAAUCUUGGUGAUUAUUUAAAGAAGACCCCCAGAGAACUGGACUUCUGGCUGGAGGACCUCUACACCCCAGGAUAUGACUCGUUACUAAAAAAGGAGGAAGCCGAACUUAAAAGAAAAAAACUCUGUAAAAUCCUCCUUGUUAUCGUCUUUUCUCUGUGUGUCAUUCUAGUGAUAAUAGUAGUUCCGGUUGUUCUAACAAAGAAAAACUAAAAUCUAAAAACAAUUUUUGCCAUGGUGUCAGAGCAAAGACUCCUGAAAGACACACAGCAGUUAAAACGGUCUCCAUGGCAACAUAAUCAAUUAGCCCGAGCCCAAAUUGUUUCAUUCAUUAUCCAGAAGUUUUUCUGCAGUGCUUAUAAGCCUGUACUAUUUC